AUGCGAAAUCGGUCGAGGCACGAAUUUUCUGGACUCUCCGCACCACCGGCUAGUGGCCUUAUCCUGGUUCAUUGUUGCGAAAAUUUGUUAAAACCCGAAGAAUAUAAAAAAUGGCUAUCAGCAAAACCUGGUGAAAAAGAGAUCAGUUGUAUAAUUCAGCUGGAAAAAUCGUCUCAAAUUCAAUCGAUUGAUAUUGGAAAUGACGGAUGUGCAUUUAUCGAGAUAUUUGUUGCUCGUUCAAUAUCACCUGAUACAUGGGAAUUAUUAUUACCAACGACCUUACUUAUGUCGGUGUCGGAUUCAAAGAUAAAUCAAAAUCGAAAUCAAGUUAAAAUGUUAACAAAACAAGAUUUGAAUAAAAACACGGUCGAUGAAAAAUGGGAUCGCGUUAAAUUAGUCUGUCAACAAAAUUUUAAUAAAAAAAUAACAUACGGACUCAAAUUUAUUAAAUUUUCUUCUGCACCUUCGACAGAUUCAACAACGAAAAGCAUCACAGGAAAACUGAUAUUGACUGAUGAUGAUGAUGAUGAAGAUGAAACAAAAAAAGAACAACAAAAAAUUGGUUCUUAUUUUGCGAAAUUAAAAAACGCUGACAAACAACCUCAAAUCGAUACGACUACAAAAGCAAGUGAAAUUCGUUCUUUAUCGAACAUAGCUGAUAAACGUUUAACAGAAAAAUCCAUGACAGAUCAAGAUAUACAAAAACUACUUAAAGACGAUGAAAAAAAAAUGACGACAUCAGCAAAAACAACAUCAUCACCUAUGGGAACACCGAGUGAUAAUACUACAAAACGAAAACUGUCGGAUGAUGAUAUCAAAAACAACCGUGGUGCAAAUGCGACAACAAGUGAAGUCAAGCGUCCGAAAACUUCUUCGAACAUCAGUAAAACAAUAAAUGAUACUACUAACGUUGAAAAGUCAACGGCAACAUUUUCACAGUUGAUGAAAGACGUGACAUUUGUACUUAGUGGUUUUCAAAAUCCAUUACGCGCGGAUUUGAGAGAUAAAGCAACUCAAAUGGGUGCAAAAUACCAGCAAGAUUGGAAUGAAAAAUGUUCACAUUUGAUAUGUGCAUUUUCGAACACGCCGAAGUAUGAUCAAGUAAAAAAAGCUGGCGGAAAAAUUGUUACAAAAGAUUGGAUACUUGAUUGUCAUAAAAAGCAUGAAUUAUUAUCGUGGAAAAAUUAUGAAUUAGCAACUACGUCAGCAUCACCGGCAGCAGAUAAGCAUAACAAAAGAAACACAACAACAGCAACAAAUGAGAAAAAAGCAGCCACAACAUCACAACGAUCCUCAGUGACAAAGAAACAUGGAUUCGACGAUAGUGAUGAUACGGAUGAUCAGGAUUGGGGAAAAGAAGUUGUUCGAAAAUCAAGAUCACCGAAAAAAGUUUCAAAAGAUGUUGAACGAAAAUCGACUCAGGUGCAAAAAGCAGCAGAUAAUGAUGAUGACGAUGAAGCUUACGGUUAUGAAACAGAUGAAGACGAAUCAAAAACAGAUGAAAACUCCGAUAUGGAUAUAGAUGGAAAGCGGAGUAGAGGAGGUGGUGAUGUGGGAUUUAAGUUAACAGAUUGUUUUCUUGGAAAGCAUUUUUUUGCGAUCGGUGAUUUUGACGAGAAAACUCAUCAUAGUAUUAAACGAAUUAUUCAUGCCUAUGGCGGAAAAUUAGAACCAUAUAUGAACAAACAUGUCAAAUAUGUAAUUACGAACAAAAAAUGGAAUCAAGAAUUUGAUACGGUAAGCGUACAAUGCUACAACAAAUUCCUCUUGUACUGUUCAGCAGUAAGGCUUGGUAUUGUAUAGUUAUUUUGUAAGGUGCACGCAAAGCAAGGUUCGAGCAAAAAUUUUUUUUUCGAUGUUUCAGACACCAUUCGAUAGAGAAUUUUACGGCGAUCAAGAAUAUGUGUUCCCUGAAAAUUUUCGAUGCUUCUUU